CGGGGCGGGCUUUUAAUGAAGGGAAGGCGGUGGGAAAGAUGGCGGCGGCUGUGCGACCCUCGGGGUGGUGGCAGCGGUGGCGGCGGCGUUUGUCGGCUCGGAAUGGGUCCAGGAUGUUGUUCCUUCUCCUUCUGUUGGGGUCUGGGCAGGGGCCACGGCCAGUCGGGGCGGGUCAGACGUUCGAGUACUUGAAACGGGAGCACUCGCUGUCGAAGCCCUAUCAGGGUGUGGGCACAGGCAGUUCCUCACUAUGGAAUCUGAUGGGCAAUGCCAUGGUGAUGACCCAGUAUAUCCGCCUUACCCCAGAUAUGCAAAGUAAACAGGGUGCCCUCUGGAACCGGGUGCCAUGUUUCCUGAGGGACUGGGAGUUGCAGGUGCACUUCAAAAUCCAUGGACAAGGGAAGAAGAAUCUGCAUGGGGAUGGCUUGGCAAUCUGGUACACAAAGGAUCGGAUGCAGCCAGGGCCUGUGUUUGGAAACAUGGACAAAUUUGUGGGGCUGGGAGUAUUUGUAGACACGUACCCCAAUGAGGAGAAGCAGCAAGAGGCCCAGAAGAGGCGAUAUUCUCCAGGAGUCCAGCGGGUAUUCCCCUAUAUCUCAGCAAUGGUGAACAAUGGCUCCCUCAGCUACGAUCAUGAGCGGGAUGGGCGGCCUACGGAGCUAGGGGGUUGUACGGCUAUCGUCCGCAAUCUGCAUUACGACACCUUCCUUGUGAUUCGCUAUGUCAAGAGACAUUUGACGAUCAUGAUGGACAUUGAUGGCAAGCACGAGUGGAGGGAUUGCAUUGAGGUGCCUGGGGUCCGUCUGCCCCGGGGCUACUACUUUGGCACCUCCUCCAUCACUGGGGAUCUCUCGGAUAAUCACGAUGUCAUUUCCCUGAAGUUGUUUGAGCUUACGGUGGAGAGAACCCCGGAAGAGGAGAAGCUGCAUCGAGAUGUGUUCCUGCCCUCGGUGGACAACAUGAAGCUGCCUGAGGUGACCGCCCCAUUGCCGCCCCUGAGUGGCCUGGCCCUCUUCCUCAUUGUCUUCUUCUCGCUGGUGUUUUCCGUAUUUGCCAUCGUCAUUGGUAUCAUACUCUACAACAAAUGGCAAGAACAGAGCCGAAAGCGUUUCUACUGAGCCCUCCUGCUGCUGCCACCUCUGCCUGUCACCAUGAGCAGGCUCUGGCCUGAGUGCAGAGCCGGGCAGGCCUCCUGCAGUCUCCAGCAGCUGGUCAGGGACUCUGUUCUCUCACUGGAGCUUUGAAUGCAGGGAUGCUGCAUUGCCAUGGUUACCGAUGGGGACAUCUAACUGGUUCAGGAAGCCCACCUACCCCAGGGCAGUGCUGCUGUGAUGUGCCUUUCCCUGCAGUCCUUCCACUUGGGAGCGAAGAGGGAUGGAGAGGAUAUAUAUACGGUUCUGAUGCCAAAAUCACAGAAGAGAAUUUAAUUGCUCAGGCUGCCUUGUUGUUGGACUCAGAGGACCCUUGUACUUCAUUUUUAAAUCUGCAGAGAACAUAACACUGAUAACGCCUCAUACCUUCCAGGCAGCCAUUCAUUGGGUUUUUGCUUUUUACCCAGGCCUCCGUCCACCUGAAGAAUUUUCAUUGGAAAUCUGGGUGGACACUUCUCCCCUGUGUUGCCUUCUCCCUCCAUUCAUUGCUCUCUCCACAUGCAGCCUGAGCUGGAAGAGACAUCUGGAUGCCUCUCUUUUGGAGGCUGGGGCUGCAGAACAAACUUAAGUUUCACUGACCUUCCUUAGGUGGCCACAGGGAGAGGGCUGUUUGCUUUGGCUCACUGCUCUAGCUGAUGUUUAGCAUGAAUCUGGCUUCUGUUGGUUUGUUUGUGACCUUCUCAGUUGGUUCCUUUAGGCUCUCAGUCAAGUUUGGCUGAAAGUUGGUGUGCAAGAGAAGCUUGUAAGACUUCAUGGAUACAAUGGGAGUAACCAUGAAAUUGACCAGCUCCACGUGUCCACACCAGAAGCACCGUUUGCCAUGUGAGCUGACCAUGUGGAGAUGUUUCUAGACUCUGGAGCCUGCCUAACUGCGUGUUUUGUCUUUAUCAUGAUUUUUGGAAUCUCAGAGUGUUCAAAACCUAAGGAAGCUUUUGGAUACUCCCUAAAGAGGAAUCUUGGCUUCUAAUGGAUAAGAAGCAGUUGCUAUUCUCCUGUUGCAAAUCUGGGAGCAAUGGACCUUCGUCAUCUGUGCCUGGAAGAGUUCAUUGUCAUUGAGUAACAGAGUGUCCUCCUCUGUGGGUCAAUCCUUAUUCCACUGCCUUAUCUGACAAGGGGUCAUGUGCUGCUCACCUGUCUGCCCUGUGAUUAAAUUGGCCAAUAGGCCAAUCUCCCUGGGGGGUCUGAAGCGCUGAGCUCUCCUAGCCAUGUACUUCUGUAGCCUAAGGGAAAUUCUUAAAAUGGCUGAUGGAAACCAAACAUGA